AUGAUCCAAGCAGGCGGAUGUUUCUGGAUCGAUGUUUUGCGCCCAUCGUUCCAGGAGAUGCACCUGAUUAGCAAAAUCUUUGGCAUCCAUGCGCUAACCGUCGAGGACAUUAUGACGCAGGAUGUGCGCGAAAAGUGCGAGGUCCACGCAAACUACUAUCUGGUCAGCUUCCGCUCCUUUGACGCGGACCCAAACAGCGAGCUGUACUUGGAGCCCAAAUGCAUCUACAACGUGGUCAUGCGCUCAGGCAUUAUCACUUUCCACAUGGACCCGGCCGUGCAUCAGUACCACGUGUUGCGGCGCAUUCGCCGCCAGAUCGACCAUAUCGUGGUGACGCCCGACUGGCUCAACUACGCAAUCAUCGACGACAUCACCGAUCUGCUAGCGCCAAUCAUGCAGAUGAUUGAGUUUGAGGUUGAUUCGAUCGACGAGCUGGUGCUGGUUAUUUCGUCGUCUGAGCAGUCUGACAUGCUGCUGCGUAUUAGCACCGUGCGUAAGCGCAUCAUGAUGGUAUUGCGGCUUCUGCAAGGCAAGGCGGACGUCGUGCACAACUCAGACACGGCCAUGGAGGCCGCUCUGGACCAGCGCAAGGGCCACGAGGUUCUCCUGUACCUCGGCGAUGUACUUGACCAUAUCGUGACGAUGACGCAAAAUGCGACGCACUAUGACGGUGUGCUGGGUCGUGCGCACGCCAAUUACCUGGCGCAAAUAUCGAUUGAGCUGACUGUGUCGUCGAACCGCACCAACGACGUUGUGGCAAAGCUGUCGGCGCUAGCAGCCAUUGUUGUACCACUGAACUUUGUCACGGGAAUGUUCGGGUCAAACUUCUUGGUGCCAUUCCAGAACUACGAUGGCCUGGCACCGUUCUUCACGGUGCUGGCAAUGUGCUUGGGGUUCGUCGUUGUUGUCUUUGCCUGGGCGCGGUGGAGGCAGAUACUGUGA